AUGUAUGUACCGUGUACGUAUAUAUAUAGAGAUACAAUAAUAAAUUUUUAAAUAACAAAAAGAGAAAAGACGACCAAACAAUUAAACAGACGACUCUGAAAGAGCUUGGAUCAUUCUCAUGGCGUACGUCGAGAGAGGUGUUGUGAAAUCUAAGCAGUCUAUAUGGCGACUCAGAACAAUCACCAAUUUCUUCUGGGCUAUUAUAAACAUCAUUGGCGUUUUCUUUUCGACUAUGUUCUCGAUGGAAAAAACAGAUGCUUAUAAGAAAAGUUCAGGGGCAAGCAAGAAAUGGGAUGGUGGGGGUCCUGGAGGUCCUGGUGGUCCAUAUGGUGGGCCUGGUGGUCCACGCAGACCACCCCGUGGAAUGGACAAUGUUAGGGGAAUUGAUCACAGUUCUCUCCCUGCAUGCGGAUCCUGCUGCGGCUAAAAGGCACAUUAAGAUUUAUCACGUGCUGAUGUAACAAGUGUUUGUUGUCAUCAUUAUGAACAUUGUUGAAGUUUAGCUGUUGUCAACAUUGUGAACAUUGUUGAAUAUGCAUACAUAUCUACCCUUUAGUGACUUGAAGCCCUAAAUAUCAUGCACAAUUAACUUUUUAAAUAAAAAAAUGUUCUUCUACUGUA